GAUGCCUAUGUGGACGGCGUACCACGUGUACCGUUAUCGGUGAAGAGUGAAUUGGUCGAUUCCACAUUGGCAUUAUCGCCAGCAAAUGACCAAUCAAUGAUGCCCAUGUAUCGUAGUGGCAAUCCGAAUUUUGCACAGCCGUUCACGUCGAUUCAUAAUCGUUUACAUCAGGAUUAUGCUGCAGAAUACGAGGAUUUCUACUCGGAUUAUGAACAUUCGGAAAUGAUAUCAGCGGGCGAUUUGACUAUUCGUGAUCACAUGUUCAGAAGACGUCCACAGGUCAUACUUGACUUGCCGCCACUGGAUGAUGAUACGCUGUGUAAAGUGACGUUUGCACCAGUCUACAAACAAGUCUACAUUCAUUCGAUUAACUCAGUUCCGUUGGAUCUUCUGCUGCAGGAGCAAUUGGAUGAAACCGUACCGGUGUGUACAUUCGUACCAAAACUGAAUCCGUUAGGGUGCGGUGCGGCGAUAACAUUCGUCGUCGAUACCACUAAAGUACCAGUAUGUGAUUUGAGCACCGAUAAUUUGGGUGCUUGGAAUUCAAAAGAAGGUCGCCGUAUGAAUGUGCGUAAGUUCUACUACAAAGAAAAGUCGAAAGGCAGCGAGGGCGAUCAUGAUUUCUGCGUGGUUCAACGCGUUUACGUUCAUCCGUAUUGUCGACCACCAGAAUCAGUGCGAAAGAUGAUUUGGAUUGUUAAGAAAGAGGGUGUUUAUUGUAGGUACGAAUUGAAUUCAUUCAUUUAA